AUGUCCGACACAUCAGUGCCCACAAUAGGCUAUUAUAGGAUCCGGGGUUUGGCUCAACCCAUACGGCUAUUGCUGACUUAUAAGGGCGUGAAAUUUAUCGACAAAUUCUACGGUAAGUCUGGGGCCAAAACCUUUGACGAAUUUACCGGUGUAUGGUUUGCCGAAAAAACUAUCCUGGGCCUAGACUUUCCCGGCAUACCCUACUAUAUGAAGGGCACAUUUAAACUGACUCAGAGCACGGCAAUCAUGCGCUACUUGGGCCGCAAACACGGCUUGAUAGCCACCGACGAGACCGGACUCGUACGCCAGGACCUGUUGGAGCAACAGUUGACCGACAUAUGGAUGUCAUUCACGUACGGCCUGUUGUUUAAUAAAGACUACGAGACGUUAAAA